CCUUCAAAUCGGCUCGACUAUGAAAAAGCGGGUUUUGGAUUGUAAAGCGAAACCCUUGAAUGGUCUGCGAGGAUGGAGUACGACGACGACGAAGAACCACCGCUGGCCGUUGAAAUCAACGAUACCGUGGGCCGGAACCAAUCACAGACGUCCGAUGAUCAACGGCGGAAAGUCGUCGAAGGUUCACCCGUCGGCGUGACCGUAAUCACAGGCUAUCUCGGCGCGGGCAAAUCCACUUUGGUGAAUCAUAUUCUGCAUACCGAACAUGGGAAGAGGAUUGCUGUGAUAUUGAACGAGUUUGGUGAAGAGAUUGGAGUGGAGAGGGCUAUGAUCAAUGAAGGAGAAGGCGAUGCGCUUGUAGAAGAGUGGGUUGAGUUGGACAAUGGAUGCGUUUGCUGCACUGUCAAGCAUAGUCUGGUUCAAGCACUGGAGCAACUUGUGCAGAGGAAGGAGAGGCUUGAUCAUAUAUUGUUAGAGACUACAGGAUUGGCAAACCCUGCUCCGCUUGCAUCUGUUCUCUGGUUGGAUGAUCAACUAGAAUCGGAAGUCAAGCUUGAUUCCAUAAUUACCGUUGCAGAUGCAAAAAACCUCCGCUACCAGCUACAAAGGCAUCAAGAUUCGUCAUCAUUUCCAGAAGCAUUUUCACAAAUAGCAUUUGCGGAUGUCGUAAUUCUUAACAAGGUUGAUCUGGUUUCUCCAGACGGUUCUGGAAGUGUCAUAGAUGAGCUGGAGGAGGAGAUACAUAAUAUUAAUUCCCUUGCAAAUAUAAUCCGAUCUGUGCGGUGUCAAGUUGACUUGUCAAAAAUACUGAACUGCGGGGCUUAUGAUGCUUCUAAAGCCAACCAUUUGGAUGCUUUAUUAGAAGAAAAUAAUUCUCUGACUACCAAAGACCUUCAUGAUAGUGCUGUGCGGACCUUAUGCAUUUGUGAGCCACGGCCUGUCAACCUGGUUAAGGUCAGGUUGUGGCUCGAAGAGAUUCUUUGGGAUAAGAAAUAUAACAUGGAAGUUUACCGCUGCAAAGGAGUUCUAAAUAUUUUAGAUUCGGAUCAACUUCAUACUUUACAGGCUGUGCGAGAGAUAUAUGAGAUCACUCCUACGCGUAAAUGGAGAGACGAAGACAAUCAAACGAACAAGAUAGUUUUUAUAGGUCAAUCUCUAAAUGAAGAGAUUCUUCUUGAUUCCUUCAGAACCUGCAUUGCAGGAGCUUGUUGAUUUUUCAUUUUUGGCAAUCUACAACCUAGUGUUGCAACCCUAGCUAAACCUUUGUAAUUGCAUUAAUGUUGACUCACUGCGCUAGUUAACUCUCAGUUGGAGGCCUCUUCAGCUUGAGCAUGGUCUAGUUUGGGCUUCCCGUCACAGGAAAGGCAAAAGCUUCAGAGAUGUUGUUUACAAGCUCUCCCUAGAUGCUGCAAUAUAUUUCAUUUGGAGGGAGACAAAUGUAAGGAUCUUCAGAGUCUAGCAAGAGAUGAGGACUACUUGGAAAUCACCAUCCUAGGAGAUGUUAAGAGUCAAGCUUAGCUCAUGGACCGUUCUCAAAUUCAAUGCUGCAAGUAGGAAGCUUUGUGACGACUGGCUUCUAUCGUCUCGAGUGUUCAGGUUGAAUAACUGAUGUAGUUUGCUAGUACUUGUCUAGUCUUGAAACAUGCUCACUGUUUUUUGUGUUUUUCUGUUCUUUUCUAAGGGGGAUGGCUUUUGGGUCUUUCCCUUUUGGGCUU